AUGGCUGACACGAUCACCGAGAACGCGGCUAGCAUCGGUUACAAAUACGCGGAACAUUACUACGCGGUAUUGCGUAUGCUACCGGAAUGCAUAGAUCAGUUUUACGAUGACUUUGGCGAGUAUCAGACGGUAUUCGAAAACGGAACCGUCGUUUGGGCCAGAACCCGGGUGGAAGCGAAAAAAGCUUUGUUGCGACCAAAAUCCGACUCAAGGUUAAUCGUUAACUCGAUUAUAACGGUACCGUGUGGAGGAUCGCUGGACCGCUUGAUGGUCACCGUGAACGGAGAGUCGUUCACGCAAGUUUUCAUCGUGGAGUACCGUCCAGAACGGCCGCUCACAUAUAUCAUUGUGUCGUCUGUGACUCGACACUUCUCCGCCGGACCAGUCAACGACCGGCAGAAUCUAGAGACGAGGUUCAUAGCAGGUGACUGUGCUGCCAACACAGGAUUGCCAAUGGCGGGAGUAAAAACGAAGGGACAAGUAUACCAUGCGCUUAAUUUAGUAACGUACUACGAAACUCUUUCCGAUAACGACCCCGAGAACAAACAAUCCGAUAUCGCCGUCAAAAUCUUACAACACAUAUUGCCCGGUAUACCUCCUCUAGAUAACCAAAUCUCCCAAAAACCCUUCCCUAUAAAUAACGCUACCAACAACCUGUCACACAGAAUUUUAAACCAUAUACUUCUCCANACGUACUACGAAACUCUUUCCGAUAACGACCCCGAGAACAAACAAUCCGAUUUCGCCGCAAAAAUCUUAAAACACAUAUUGCCCGGUAUACCUCCUCUAGAUAACCAAAUCUCCCAAAAACCCUUCCCUAAUAAUAACGCUACCAACAACCUAUCACACAGAAUUUUAAACCAUAUAAUACUACAUAUACCUCCUCCUGAAAUCGAACCCUCUUCUCUGAAUAUCGCUACCGGCAUGGUACAACCCAUUUUGGCCGAAAAUAUCUUACAACUUGAUAUCGUAAAACCUGUACCCAAUCUCACUGAAGUUUCAACAUAUCAAGAACCCCUUUCCGAUUACAAACCCGGGAACACAGAAUCCGACAUGGCCGUUAAAAUCUUAAAACACAUAAUGCUUCAUGUACCACCUCCAGAUAUCCGAACAUCAAAAGAACUCUUCUAUACGAAUAACGCUACCGGUAGUUUACAGCCCACUUUGGCUGAAAAUAACCUACAACUUGAAUCCAUAAAGUCUGUAACCAAUCCCACCGAAGUUUCAACACUCAACAAACCCCUUUUAGAUACCGUCCCUGAGAACACACAAUCCGACAUGGCCUUAAAAAUCUUACAACACAUACUGCUCCAUGUACCACCUCCAGUUAUCGGAACCUCAAAAGAACCCUUCUAUACGACUAACGCUACCAGUACGUUACAACCCACUUUGGCCAAAAAUAACCUACAUCUUGAAAAUGUAAAACCUGUACCAUAUCCUACUGAAGUUUCAACAUUUCUCGAAUCCCUUCCCGAUACCAAUCCCGAGAACAUACAAUUCCACAUGGCCGUCAAAAUCUUAAAACACAUAAUGCUCCAUGUUCUUCCUCCAAAUAUCCGAACCUCUUAA